UUUGAAAAGAAAUUGAUGAAGUUGAUGGUAGAAGAAGAAAAAUUGACACCAAAUGUAACGGAAGGAUUUGAAAGAGUUUGUAAAAAUCGGAAACUAGCAAUCUACACGUCCGAGGAAGUACAGAAGAUUGCAUAUCUUAAAAUACCAUGUAACCUGGCUUCUAUUGAUACAGGACGCGUAGAGAGUGUAGCCAUGAUUUUAUCUAAAAACAAUCCAUUCACAAAGAUUAUCAAUUUUCAUUUGCAGAAAUUUAUCGAGAAUGGAAUGAUGAAUCGUUUGAAGGAUACGUCCUUCAAGAAGAAAUCCAGUGAUGUGAAGAAGCAUCAGCCGGUUUGCAUAAACAGCAUUAUGUCAAUUAUUCUCCUUAUCCAAACUGGUAUCAUUUUGAGUAUUUUUAUUCUGAUCAUAGAAAAAUGUAUAUUUUCUUCUAAGAUGAAGAAGGUGUCAAUGGUAGAUUGUACUCUUUCGAAUAAAUCGUCAGGCAUUAAUUUGAAAAGGAAGAGAGAUAUAAAAAAUUUUGCAAAAGAUCACAGGAAUCGGAAACGACAACGCGAGAACUAUUAACGAAAAGGCUUAUGUUCGUUUUUAAACGAAUUUUUCAUUUUGCUUGUAAUUUUCUAAUAUUACACAUAUUUUUAAUCUAUUACAAUAAUUGUCUACAAUAAUCACAUGCAUUCGCAUAU